UCUCCCGUCACACCGUAGCCAUCCGCGAAAAGACCGUCAACGUCCGCUGUAGCUCGUCCAAGAACCUCCGUGACUUCAGUUUGAAGUUGUCGUAAAUGCGAAUGGUUCGAAGUUGAAACUUGCUGGUUUUGUUUCAAGUUGCGCGAUGUGAGCUCUAACUGCUAUUUUUCUGGCUUCUUCUUGUUACUUUCAACAUGUCCGGCGUUAAAAUGGAAAUGAUGGCGGAAUGAAAGAAAACCUCUUCAUCCUAGUUCUACUCAUCUCUACAAAUGCAGAAAACCCUCAAGAUGACCACUGCAAGAGCAGAUUUCUUUCUAACUCAACCGUUCCAACCAGACUGAACCUCAUCCCCGCGCAAAUAGCCCAAAGUAUCCAACAAAACAUCAACCAACACCACGGCAAUUUUUCCGAAAUCUCCAGACAGACCCUCUUGCAACAUAACGAAAUUCUAGGCGUGAUUCUAACCUCAAAAUCCCAACACGCCCUCGCCCUUAACGUGUCAAAAAGACUAAAAAUAUUCCCCAACAGAACCGCAGAAACGGAGAAGUUUUGGACAUCCUUGGAGAUGGCUAAAAGCGGAUGGGGAAGAGCCUUCAAGGACUGCGACUUUCUUCACAGUUGGGUUUACGUCUACGUUUCAAAAUCUUCUUCUUCCACUGUCGGGUUGUUUUUGAAAAUCGAUUUGAACCAGUGCGACAAGGAGUUGGAGGAAAUCUUCAAUGGGAGCCACAUAUGUCAUGAAGAGACGAUGGAGUGUGUCCGCGAUGGACCAGGGGACGAGGCGAGGGGAAGGUAUCUGUGUAUCUGUCGAAAGGGAUUUUAUUCUGGUCUCGGCUCGAAUUUGUCUUCGCCUGGUCUCUAUGGAGAAGUCGUCAGGAAGGAGGAGGUAAUCGAUCUGCCUCGAUGUGUGCCUUGUCCCGAGGGGUGUCGACUCUGUGAGCCUUCCGGCAUUUGCACGGCGCGAAAAGACGUCUACUUGAAAACCGCCGUCCUGUGUAUACAACUGGCGAGUAUGGCAAUCACCCUCAUCUUGGCGCUCGUUGUCUUCAAGCAGCGGAAAACUAAAGUAAACGCUUUUGUUGAUACGUUUAAUCAGUCUGUGUGGUACAAUUCGAAACUAACAAACUCAAGCUCAAUCAUUCUCUUUCAGGUCGUGGUGAAAUUUUUCGAACCGUCAAUAUUACAGUGUCUGCUGGAGCCCUGGUUUCGCGAGGUUGGCUUCGUCAUCUGCUACGGGGCCAUCAUCCUGAAACUCUACAGACACUUGAUCGAGUUCCGCACAAGGAAAGCUCACAGAUGGGUUGUUAAAGACACGGACCUCCUCAAAUACCUGCUUAUCAUGGUCAUGUCGGUACUAGGCUACAUGGCUGCCUACACCUCUAUAACCCUGAACUUCAUGCAAGAGAACUACAGUUUGCUUUACAUGGGACAGACGAUAGAUGGGGAAAGGUUUCAGGCCUGUAAGUAUCUGUGGUGGGACUACGUAACCGAAACAGGUGAAAUCAUCAUUCUGAUAUUCGGGAUCCAUCUCAGUUAUGCGAGCAGAAACGCCAGAACCCAGUAUCAGGAAAGGACCUACCUUUGCGCAGCUAUCAGCUUGGAAUUAGCAAUCAGCACCUUGUUCUACAUCAGCCGUGUCCUAAUUCUUCCCGGUUUGCAUCCAGAUGUUGUGCUCAUAGUGUUCUGCGUUCGCACUCAGCUGACGCAAACGUUGGCGUUAGCAUUGAUUUUCUUACCAAAGUUCUGGUAUCAGCAAAAGCAAGUCCGUAAUUUGGCCCAAGAGUAUUCGUGCAGGCUUCCUGUGGAUGCUUUCAAAGACGGUAGUGUACAUGGGCCACUCACUAGCAACAACAGUGACGUAGAAGUAGGGGAAGUAACUCUAGCCGACAUGAAUCCGGAGGACAUCAGAGCGGAGCUGAAAAGACUAUAUCUGCAACUGGAAAUAUUCAAGAGCAAAACUAUUUGCCGGGAUAAUCCCCACGUAUCGAAAAGACGAGGUGGGAAGAAACCUCAGCAUCGAAGAUUCAGUUUGCAGAAAAAAGGAAGCAGAGAGAAGAAUUUACAUGGAAAACACAAGGAUAAGGACCGAGACAAGCACAAGCACCAAGAAGAAGUCACUGAAGGAGAACCCUCAAGAACUCCGGAAGAUUCCGUGUGUAGUAAUGAAGGCCCCAGCGCUAUAUAUGCAGACUUGCCCUCGACAACAAAUUGAAAUGGAUUUCAAGAAAUAUAUCUUACAAAUCAAGUUUUUAUCUAUUACAUUACAUCAGAACUGACGGCGAAUCGAGGUGAAUCAAGUCCAUUUCAAGAUCAAAAGCUUUAUUGCUUCUCUGUGGAAAGGAAAUUUUGUUUCUAUGAAAAUUGGUUUACCAUCAUUUGCGUUUUGGUGUUACACCUAUUUAUCUCAGUUUGCUUUAAGAAACAGAUAGAAUCGUUUUCGUUUUUUUGAAUGAUCAUAUAGCUAAUCAAUAUUUUUGGCUGCAACUCCAAACGGAGCUCGAUACUAAGUCUUGUCACAGUAUUUCUGUAUACAGUAGUUUCACUCAGCAUCGGUCCCUUUGAUGUCGGUGUC